CUGACCUGGUUUCGAAUUCGGUCUUUUUGUCUGACUUUUCCCAACUCCUUCUCUCUCGCUUUCGAGUUGAGUGGAGUUGUCAUCAGACCGGUUGGGCCGUCGCCUGGGGUUAUUCGCCGAUCGAGCUCUCCAGAGAAAAUUAAGUAGAUCGAAGUGAUUGCAUGUGUGGGACUGACGCAUAAACAAACGGAUUAAUAGCUGGUCGGAAAUUCGUUUUGCCACUAAAAUGGGCUGGACUAGUUUAGUAGCAACGGGACUAGCUUUGGUGAUACUAUGCUCAAUCUCCCAAGCAGCACGUCCACUCACUCCUAAAUUGAAAUCAACAUCCUUGUCAUCCUCAUCAUCAUCAUCGUCGCCAUCACAGAAGAAGAUCGUUUGCUACUUCACCAACUGGGCUCAGUACCGUCCUAAUGAUGGCAAGUACGUGCCCGAGGACGUGCUGCCCGAACUCUGCACGCAUCUCAUUUACGCCUUCGGGUGGAUGAAGAAGCACAGGAUCUCGUCGUUUGACGCCACAGACGAGACGAAGGAGGGCAAGGCCGGCAUGUACGAGAGACUGGUUAAGAUCAAGGACAGAAACAAGGACCUCAAGGUGCUCUUGGCCAUCGGUGGUUGGUCAUUUGGAACUCAACGGUUCAAGGAGAUGGCUUCCAAUCGUUACAAUCGUCAGCUGUUCGUGUUCAGUGCCAUUCGAUACUUGAGGGACAGGAACUUCGAUGGACUCGAUUUGGAUUGGGAAUUUCCCAGGGGAAACGACGACAAGAAAAAUUUUGUGCUCCUCCUAAAGGAACUGCGAGAAGCUUUUGAAGAGGAAGCUCGAGACAAGAAGUUGCCAAGGCUGCUCCUGACCGUUGCUGUUUCUGCCGGAUCGGAAACCAUCCGAUCCGGAUAUGACGUUCCGGCCGUAGCUGCAUACUGCGAUUUGAUUAACGUGAUGUCUUACGAUUUCCAUGGCAAAUGGGAGAGCCAGACUGGCCACAAUGCCCCCCUCUACGCUUUGAGCACAGAAUCCCAGUGGAGGAAGCAGCUAUGCUUAGAAUUCGGCGUGAAAUUGUGGGAGCAGAUGGGUGCUCCUAAAGAAAAACUGGUGGUGGGCUUGGCCACCUACGGACGUUCCUUCUCACUCGUGAGUCCCGAAAAGAAUGGAAUGAACGCCCCCACCAAAGCGGGAGGAAAAGCCGGAACUUACACCAGGGAGGAAGGAUUUCUGUCCUACUACGAGGUGUGUGAUUUCAUCAAGAGCGGAGCCCGUUACGUUUGGGAUGACGAACAGAAAGUGCCUUACGCCUUCCUCGGGGACCAAUGGGUCGGAUUUGACGACGAAAAGAGCAUAAGAAUUAAAUUGAAGUGGAUUCAAGAAAAUGGAUAUGCUGGGGCCAUGGUCUGGACAUUGGACAUGGACGACUUCAAGGGACGUUGCCCAGGAGGCAAGAAAUAUCCCCUGAUUGGCGCCAUGGGAGAAGUCCUCCUGAAUCGUCCGUCGAAAGGGCCCAUGACAGACUUGGAAGCGUUAUCCAAGAAAUACGCCAAAGCUCUGCCGCCUCCGUCACCAGUGACCAGGAGGAAGAAGGAGGAAGGAGGGGAUGAGAAAAUCAAAAAGGAUAACGUGAAAGAGGAGAAGGAAGAUGAUGUGGAUCCAGAUUUCACUAACGCCCGGGUGUCCUGUUACUACACAAGCUGGUCCUUGAAGCGACCCGGGGCAUAUCGUUUUGAACCAGAGCACAUCGACCCCCUCCUCUGCACCCACGUUCUUUUUGCCUUCUCCACUAUCCGUGAUGACAGCCCCGCACCCAUUGAAGACGAAGGGACAGACCUGUACGAGAGAGUGAUCAAACUUCGCAAGAAAAACCCCGCCCUAAAAGUGCUUCUCUCUGUUGGGGGAUGGAUUUCUGGAACUGCACCAUUCAAACAAAUCACCAAGUCAGGAUACAGGCAAUCUCUGUUCGUUUUCAACACAAUCGAAUAUUUGAGGGCAAGUGGGUUUGAUGGUUUGGAUAUCGCUUGGGAGUUCCCAAGAGGUGCAGAAGACAAGCAAAAAUUCUCUUCCUUAAUCAAGGAUCUGUAUGAAGCUUUUGUGGGCGAGGCCAAGUCUUCUGACAAACCGCGACUUCUCCUGACGGCGGCGGUUCCAGCUAGUUUCGAAGCAGUCGCCGCCGGAUAUGACGUCAAGGAAAUUGACAAGUAUCUGGAUAUGAUGAAUGUGAUGACGUAUGACUUCCAUGGUAAUUGGGAAAGACAGGUGGGACACAACGCACCAUUGCAUGCCCUCUAUAGCGCAACACCUUACCAGAAGAAACUUACAGUGGACUUUAGUGUCCGGGAAUGGGUGGAGAAGGGUGCCUCCCCCCACAAACUGAUCGUCGGUGUUCCCACUUAUGGACGUUCUUUCACGCUUGCCAACACCAGCCUCACGGAUGUUGGUGCACCAGCCAAAGGGGGCGGCGGAAUACCAGGAAACUACACAGGAGAAGCUGGAGUUCUUGCUUUCUUCGAGGUGUGCGACUUCUUGAAGUCCGGAGCCGUUUUGGUGUGGGACAACGAACAGAUGGUUCCUUACGCCUACAAGGAUGACCAGUGGGUCGGAUUUGAUGACCAGAGAAGUCUCAAGACAAAGGUGAGUUGGCUGAAGGAGCAAGGGUACGGCGGCGUCAUGGUGUGGAGCGUCGACAUGGACGAUUUCAAAGGAAGCUGCAUGGGACUCAAGUACCCCCUCAUUCAAGCCAUAAGAGAAGAAAUGAAGGGAUACGUUGUGCCAGGCAUAGCCAUCGAAGCGGCUAAAAUUGCAGCAGAGAUAACAGAUCCGAACGAAGUGGUAUGCGACGAAGAAGACGGCCAUAUCAGUUACCACGUGGACAAAAAGGAAUGUGCCAAGUAUUUCAUGUGCGAAGGGAAAAGACGUCACCACAUGCCCUGCCCCGUUAAUCUCGUCUUCAAUCUUCAAGAAAACGUUUGUGAUUGGCCAGAGAACGUGGAAGAUUGCCCCACUGUCAGCGGUGCCAGGACUGGUGCAUAGUUGAACACAAAACACACUCUGCGAUCAGAGCUUCCUUCGAAGAAAAAAAACAAAAAACUGUCGAUUCCGGUUUUUUCUAAAUACGGGACUUUGAGUUGCGUUUGAAUCUCUGCGAAAGGACUUAUCUUUCAGAACAGGAUGUUUGAAAGUAAAAAGAACUUAUGAUAGGAUGGGGAUUAUUUUGUGCUGGUGGUAGUGGUGUAGUCGACGGGAGGGUGCUUGAAACAAGUCCCUACCCCACCUUUUUCUUCUUUUAACUCUAGCAUCCCACUACUUUGUAAUUUUAAUGGCCUUUUAUGUCCAUAAAUAUCUUCAUCCUCCCUCAGCACUGCACCACUUGAUAAGAUCUAUUCAAAGUUGACAUUUUCAGUAAAAAAUCAGCCUCGAAAGAAGAGAAAUAGUCAAAUGAAGAAAAUUAGUGACAUAUCUUCUUGGACUGUGCUCGUUGGUCAGAAAAUGCAAAGUUAAACUGCAGAAAAAUUUUAUGUUGCAUAAUUGCAAAGUAAAAAAAAAUGUAUCAUUAUCAAUCAAAUUAAGAAUAAGGCGGUUCUACAAAUUUGAUUUACUUAGCAAUCCACCUCUUUCUAUCUUCUGAU